GACGACCACAGCCUCAAACAUCAAAUUUCAAUUUUUUAAUCUCACCAAACUUGACAACGCACCCCUCACCACGCGGGUACUAGCUCCUUUUGGGAGGAUAGAAAUUGACGCUAAUCCAAACUUCGUACUUGUUCACUCAAGUCAUCAUCUCACUCGGCGUUUGGACCCUCGAAAAUUCCAGCUUUACUAUUUGGGUUCAAGGCCCAACGCGCCCCCAGGACCAUCUACUUCACUUUCACCCCUCGUGGAUCUUGUGGAUUCAUAGUAGGGUGACAGACAACCAUGUGGAAUCAAGAAAGAACACUUUGAGAACGUAUCCGGACCAGAAACCGGCCAUAUUUCCAACACCGAGAGAUUUGAAGAGUACCAAAGCAGAAACGCACAUCGUACCGUCAGAAACGGGAACACACCUAGUCAUUGCUGGAUCAUGGCUUCUGCGGCCAUCAGUGCCGCCAUGAGCGAUAAAGACCUAUCUUCGGUAAUCGCCCCAGUCACCGGUCCAUUCUUCCUCGGGUUUGCCUUGGAGAGCUUUGGAAUGGGUGUGGUGCUUGUGUUGAGCAUCAAUUACUUUUCCGAUGUGAGCAAUCGACAUGGAGGGUAUACAGGAAAUCGACUGGGUGUUGCACUGGUGUCAAGCAGCUUGGUGAUCAACUUGUUACAGACCACUGUGGAUCUAGUACGUGGCUGGCAGAUGUUCGGAGACAACUUCCUCAAUAUACAAGCUUUGAUGAAACCUACUCCUCUCUUUUUCAUCUCCCCCUUCCUCGGCCUUUUCCCAGCGCUUAUCACUCAGGCUUUCCUCCUCCGUCGCACGGUACUUUUCAUCUCAUCCUUAGAUGUCUUAUGGCCGAGAUUGUCUAAGCCCUACGUGACCCGUAGCUUUGUGGUUCUGGUGGGGUGUAUGAUUCUAAUGAGUUUCAUUGCUGGUUCAGUAGGUAGUGUUCUGGUAUGGACUACAGGAAGGCUGUAUGAUCUACAUACCUCCGAAUUCGACACGAGCGAGAUGAUUACUCUGGCCGUUUCGACCGCAGUGGACAUGUUACUUUCUACCGCCUUAUGUUGCGAGCUCUGGUGGGCAAGACGCAAACUUGCACCCCAAGGUGGUCUCAUGAGAGAAGUCGUGACUCGAGUUAUCCUCAUCACUCUGCACGGUGGCUUGGCCGCGUCUGCUUUGCAGCUUGCGGGCUUGUUAACGUUCAAGUCCAGUAGGACCACUUCCAUGUGUUAUCUACCUAUCUUACCUCUCCCGAAAGUCUACACAGUGACACUCAUCCUCUCCCUCACUCACCCAACCUCAACCAUGGCACAUUCCCGACCUAUCACCCUUCCGACAAUACAACAAACUGACUACCUCUCUCAACCCGCUCCCUUUGCCAGCGGACUGUCCCGUAGGAUGUCGUCACCCGCUGUGGUCGGCCCAAUGUCCGAGAAACCCUGGAGGGCCCCUUGGACAGAGAACGAUCAUCAAAAAGCCACUUCGGACCCUGGCAGAGCUAUUCGAAGACAGUGGAAGAGAUCACAAGAGUGGUUGAGAUGGUCUUUGAUAGGAACGAGUAGUGAACCGAGGCCAAGAGGGUCUGAUAGAGUAGAAGAUUGGACCAACUUACAAAGGGAGAUCAUCAUCCCUAAUGGAGAUUACGAUUACUCUCGUCGUCCAUCCGAACCAACUUCCGCUGCUCCUCUCUUACGUCGUACUUCUGUUCCUUCCACUCAACCUCCACAAUCUCCUUCUUCUUUCAGGAAAAAUCAUCAUAUUCAUAAAACAAUGCCUUCCGCUCCUCCAUCAAUGUUAACAGUUUCCCGACAACAUUCAUUCUCUUCAUUCUACCCUUCAUUAUCCAUUCGUAGACCUAGUUUCCCGAUUUCAGCAAUAUCACCACCUUCAGAAGUUUCUUCCGCAGAACCUUUAUUUCGAACUACAGACCCAUUCAGUAGUUUCCGAGCCCUUCAUCCAGGUGCAUGGGAUCAUAUAUUCGGUUCACCAAAUCCUAUUUCUCCUCUUACACCUACGAACACGAACAGUUCCACCAGUCGAGGACGGGAUAGACGAGGUGCUGAAAUGAGCGAUUCGAGAGAAAGUGAAGAAAGGAGGGAUGGAAGACAAGCGAGAAUGUUAAGUUUCGAAGAUAUGUUGUCGGAUGAUGGACUCGGUUAG